GUGCUAUGACCAGGCCACCCUUGCCUCUGCACACCACAACCAGACUCUUGUCCCACCUCUAACCCACCAGAACCGACGCAGCCACCCCAUGGAACACUCAGCUGCAAGAACUAGCCAGACAAGGCCUAUUCCAACAGGGCCUCUCUCUCUACCGUCAAAUGCUCUGUUCAGGAAUUUCCCCGAACGCCUUCACCUUCCCAUUCGUCCUCAAAUCCUGCGCCAACCUCUCUCUCCCCGUCCCCGAUGCACAACUCCACUGCCAUGUGGUAAAAAUCGGGUGCGAAUCCGAACCCUUUGUCCAAACUGCUCUCACCUCAAUGUAUUGCAAAUGUUGUAGAACUAACGAUGCACGGACGCUGUUCGAUGAAAAUCCUGAGUCAAGAAGACUUACCGUUCGUUAUAAUGCUUUGAUAGCUGGAUAUGUUCAAAAUUCACUGCUUUCAUAUGGGUUUGCUAUGUUUCGUGAAAUGAGAUUGGCGGGAAUGGAAGUUAACGCAAUUAAAAUGCUGGGAUUGAUUCUGGUUUUGUUGGUCCAAUGCAUUUGGGUUUUGGGAUCUCUGCAUUUUUAUAUCGUGAAGUAUGGUUUGGACACUAAUUUGGCUAUAGGGAAUUGCUUUUUGACUAUGUAUGUGCGGUGUGGGUCAGUUGAAUUGGCAAGGAAGUUGUUUGAUGACAUUCCUGAAAAGGGGUUGAUUACUUGGAAUGCUAUGAUUUCUGGGUACGCGCAAAAUGGCCUUGCUACAAUUGUUUUAGACCUUUAUCGUGAGAUGGAAUUGUCUGCUAUAAGUCCCGAUCCUACCACGUUUGUUGGGUUUCUGUCGUCGUGUGCUAAUAUUGGUGCUCGGAAGGUUGGUCGUGAGGUGGAACACAAAAUUGAAUGUGGUGGGUUUGAAUUUAAUCCGUUUAUGAAAAAUGCUUUGAUUAAUACGUAUGCUAGGUGUGGUAAUUUAGUGAGAGCUCGUGCAAUUUUUGAAGACAUGCCAGAGAAGAAUUUAGUUUCAUGGACAGCUAUUAUAGGGGGGUAUGGAACGUAUGGACAAGGAGACAUUGCAGUGAAACUUUUUGAUGAGAUGAUAAGGAGUGGAAUUCAACCUUAA